CUUUAUUUAGCUUUGGCGGGGUGCGUGUGGUGUGUUCCGUCCUUCCCGCAUUUGCGCCUUCGCGUCUCCCCGUCGUCGGAAACAUCUUAUUAGGGUUCUCCGAUCCCUCUCUUCCGGCCCCAAUCCUCUGGCGAAUUGCCGGGAAAAUAGAGGGAAAGAGAGGAAGAGCAGAGAGCCCGAAGAUUUCCCACCGGCGAAACCGGCGUUCUUUUUUAUCUUUGGUUUUCUUUACGAGGCGCGACAGUUCCCGCUUCCCGUAAUCGCGGAAAGAGGUGCGUCCUCGAGGUUUCUAAAAUUAGGACGUCUGCCUGCUCCUUGGAAAGAUUGGUGUUAUUGAUCUGUUUGGCCCAAUCAUUUCUUUUUUAAAGUGGGUGGAGCCUGUAUUCUGUGUCCACGGCCUAAUUCCGGCGAAUUCCCGGGAAAUAGGGGGCCUGGGCAGUCGGUUCCUUCCGCUGGGAAUCAAGAUUGGUUCCGGGUUUGUUGCCUCCUCUAGAGUCAAUUAUUUGUUUGAUAUUAAAACUGCGUCUUUUUUCUUUUUUAAUUAGACGGGAUUUUUUUUGUUUUUUCCUUCUCUUGGAGGAACUUGGGAUUAUUCUUAGAAAGGGGAGCUGGUUUUUGGGUAGUUGGUCUUCAAUCUGGGGAAUCAGAAGCUUUGUUAUUUCUGAAACUUCGUUUAUUUCUUUGGCGUGAUCUGCGGUGGGAAACUCUGUUUCUGUUUGUGGAGGAUUUCCGGUCGGCCAUUAGCAGUUUUAUUGUCCUGCUACCGGAGGAUCAGUAGUUCUGCAUCCCAACUAUGGCGUUUACCGGCACUCUUCAGAAAUGCAAGGCUUGUGACAAGACUGUCUACGUGGUGGAUCUCUUGUCCGCCGAUGGUGUUCCUUACCACAAAUCUUGCUUCAGAUGCAGCCACUGCAAAGGAACAUUAGCGCUGAGCAACUACUGUUCAAUGGAAGGUGUCUUGUACUGCAAACCUCAUUUUGAGCAACUCUUCAAGGAGACUGGCAGUUAUAACAAGAGUUUCCAAUCACCUUCAAAAUCAGCUGAAAAGCAGCCUGCACUGACUAGGGCACCAAGCAGGGUCCAAUCCAUGUUCUCUGGCACACAGGACAAAUGUGCUACUUGCAACAAAACUGCAUAUCCACUGGAGAAGGUGACGGUGGAAGGGCAGUCAUACCAUAAGUCGUGUUUCAAGUGCUCACAUGGUGGAUGCUCUCUUACUCCAUCAACAUAUGCAGCUCUAGAUGGAAUCCUCUACUGCAAGCCUCACUUUUCUCAGCUAUUCAAGGAGAAGGGGAGCUACAAUCACCUCAUCAAGUGUGCUUCUAUUAAACGUUCUUAACUAGCAGCUGCAAGCCUACCGUUUGUUCUGCUGCCAUCUCUCAUUGUCUACUUUCUAUGUGCUCUCAUUCUGCUUUUGAUUUCAUCUAUUUUCGUGGAAAAAAAUUGCCUAGGAAGUCUAAUUACCUUCGGGUGGCUUCCUUAUAAUUUCUUAUCUCUUUAUGGUUUGUAGAAUGUUUCCAGUGUGAAGCAUGUUUGUUUGCGGAGACAAAUAUUAUGGGGGAAAGAUAAUUUUAUUCCCGAUUUA